CCAUAUUCACUGUCAAGCCUUGUGACUCCUGCAGGCGGCGCUGUAGUUUAUUAAAACACAUUGUAGCCGUUUCCGGUCCAAAAAUCAACAGAAUGGCGUCUGGUAGCGGGUCCAGUAAAACCGACUUCCGUCGGAAGUGGGACAAAGACGAGUAUGAAAACCUCGCUCAGAAGAGACUGGCAGAGGAGCGGGACCGUGAGAGGAGAGAUGGAAAAACGGCUCCGCCAGUCAAACGGGACCUGUUGCGCCACCGGGACUACAAGGUGGACUUGGAGUCCAAACUGGGGAAGACCAUCGUCAUCACCAAGACCACUCCUCAGGCGGAGAUGGGCGGAUAUUACUGCAACGUUUGUGACUGCGUGGUGAAGGACUCCAUCAACUUCCUGGAUCACAUAAACGGCAAAAAACAUCAGAGGAACCUCGGCAUGUCGAUGCGGGUGGAGCGCUCGUCUUUGGAUCAGGUGAAGAAACGUUUUGAGGUGAACAGGAAGAAGCUGGAGGAGAAGCAGAAAGAGUACGACUUUGAGGAGCGCCUGAAGGAGCUACGAGAAGAGGAGGAGAAGGCCAAGGCUUACAAGAAGGAGAAGCAGAAGGAGCGGAAGCGGCGGGCCGAGGAGGACGUGGACUUUGAGGAGGAUGACGAGAUGGCGGCAGUGAUGGGUUUCUCAGGGUUCGGCUCGUCUAAGAAGAGUCACUGAUCUCAGCUGGACUCUGGUUCCCGCAGGGCUCGAGACCAGGAGGAGAACCCUGAUUCGAGCUGCGGUUCGGUCCGGUUCAGACUUCCUUUACAAGCUUUUCUUUUUCUCAUCAGCCCCUGCCGGUGUCCGUAUGAAAUGUCUCAGUUGUUCUGCAGCCCUCAGGUUAGACAGGAAGUAGGUGUGAACAGGUGUUUCUCACCUGUGACGCUGACAAACACCAGAAGACCAAAAACUGCAGAAAGUUCCUGUUGGACGAAAGUCUGACUAAGAUUUUUGUUUUUCUGUUUGUGAAAUAAAUUAUUUAUGCUAGAACGUUUUUUAUUUCAGGAGUUUGACGUCAGAUUUCUCUUUUGAACGACAGAAUCAGAACUCUCUCUGGAUCCUCUGUUGGAGCGCGGCAUGAUGGGAAAUGACUUAAUGCUUUUAUUUCUGUAGGGAUUAUUAAUAAACACCAUCUAUCAAACGUGCAGAA